AUGGAUGUGAAGGAGCAAAGCAUAGCUAAUCAAUCCUCUCUGACAGAAUUUCUUCUCCUGGAAUUCUCAGAGGUUCGGGAACUGCAGAUCCUGCACUUCUUUCUGUUCCUUGCCUUUUACCUGACAACUAUUACUGGAAAUCUUCUCAUAAUCUCUGCAGUAGCCUUUGACCACCAUCUGCACACCCCCAUGUACUUUUUCCUGAUGAAUUUGGCCAUGAAGGACCUGGGCCAAGUUUCAGUCAUUAUCCCCAAAUCCAUGGCCAAUUCUCUCAUGAAUACCAGGCACAUUUCAUACUUAGGGUGUGCUACUCAAGUCCUCUUCUUGCUCUUCUUUUUGGCAUCAGAUAUCUCUCUUCUCACCGUCAUGGCAUAUGAUCGGUACAUUGCUAUUUGCAAUCCAUUACAGUAUGAGAUGCUGAUGAAUAAGCAAGCCUGCAUCCAAAUGGUUGCUAGUGUAUGGAUCAGCAGCUUUCUCUAUGGAGUGUUACACACAGGAGGCACCUUUGCAUCCCCUUUUUGCUCCAAUGUUGUCAAUCAGUUUUUCUGUGAAAUCCCACAGUUACUUAAGCUGGCCUGCUCUGAUUUGAACCGAAUUGAAAUUGGAGCUGUUCUGUUAGGCGCUGUCAUUGCAUUUAGCUGUUUUAUCUUUAUCAUUAUAACCUACGUGCACAUCUUCACUGCAGUGCUGAGAAUCCCCUCUGUUGAAGGAAGGCAAAAGGCUUUUUCAACUUGCCUUCCCCACCUCAUGGUUUUUUCCACAUUUGUAUUUACUGGGUGCUUUGCUUACCUCUUGCCCAUGUCUAACACACCAUCAUUUCUGGAUUUGGCUUUUACCAUGAUGUAUUCUAUGUUUCCACCUUUGAUGAAUCCAGUAAUCUAUAGCAUGAGAAACAAGGAGAUGAAGCUUUCCCUUUCAAAACUAUUGGGAUUUAGACAGUCAUCUAUGAAUGCAUUCUUCAAUUUUUUGUGUAGAUGUAGGUGCUCUGGUCCCUUCUGCAUGCAUAGUGAAACAUCUGGGUACCUAAUCCCCUAUUCUUCUUCUCCAGGAGUGUGA